AUGUUUUCAAAACUUAAACGCCAAUUUUUCCAUAAACUAAUUGCGGAUAGUGAUUCCGACAAAGGAUUAAUAAACAUUUUAUUCUUGUCAGAUAAAGAGCUAAUUGGAACGUUAUGUUUAGAGCCUGGAUAUAAAGAGGGUGAUAUAGAAAGUGAUGUAUACAUGAAUGUUGUAUCUGAUCGGUUCCUUGCUGCUCUUUUUGAUCCAAGAACUUCUUUUGAAUUCAAAUCAAAUGAAAUUUUCCAUAUUGUUGAGCCUCAAUACGUUGAGUAUAAAAGAUUUUCAGUUAAAUUAAGAUUGAGAAAUCAUUCUACAAGUACAUUUAGUGAGAAAGAUCUCAAUUAUAUCAGAGUGUUCUUAGAUGAAAAUAAAAAUUUGGAGCAUUGUUUCACAGUAUUAAUGAGACCUGAUUUGAACAUUUCACAAAUUUUAACUUAUUUAAAUGAAAUUAAAUCUUUGAGAUCAGAUGAUGAAAUCAUUGACUAUACCUCUAAAAUUAACAGUGAAAGGCUACCAAAGUUUUUUAUUCUCACUGGAAAUUCUGAAAUGUUAAGGAUUUUCUGUAAAUUAAUGAAUUUCUAUUCAAAUUCAAUAGAAGCAAGGACAAAUUAUACUGCACCACUGGAGCUAAUUGGCAAAGUUGUCCAGAGGGAGAAGUCAAGAUAUAUUGACAUUAAAGGAGCAAUACCACAUCGGAAUUGUGUUUAUUUCUUCAGAAGCAUGGGCUCCAACCGCGUUAUUAAUGAUGAAAAUCUCAAGAGAUACCGACACAUCUACGAGGAGGUUGACUUUGAUAAACCUGUCGGUGCUUCUGACCAUAUGUAUUUAACAGUAUAUGAUAUGAAAUCUGGAACUAGUCAGAUUAAUGGGAGUAAUAAUGAUCAAUCAUUAGAAGAGGAUCCAGAGUUACCAAAAUAUUCAAGAUAUUGA